CGAUUACAGAGUUGUCGUAAGGACACUGCUGCUGUGACUGUGGCUUCUGUCUGAGGUGUCCUGGUUUGACUGUCAGGUGAAAAUGAGGCUCCUUGUUUUGGCGUUGGCCCUUGGGCUGAGUCUUGCUCAACACAAUCCACAUAUGAAAAGCGGCAGGACCUCCAUUGUCCACUUGUUUGAGUGGCGCUGGGCUGACAUUGCCUUGGAGUGUGAGCGGUACUUGGCGCCAAAUGGUUUUGGCGGGGUUCAGAUCUCUCCUCCCAGUGAGAGCAUUGUCCUGACCAAUCCCUGGAGACCAUGGUGGGAGAGGUAUCAACCAAUUAGCUACAACCUCUGCUCUCGAUCAGGAACUGAAAAGGAGCUGAGAGACAUGAUUGCCAGAUGCAACAAAGUUGGGGUCAACAUCUACGUCGAUGCGGUCAUCAACCACAUGUGCGGGGCGACCGGCGGGGAGGGAAAGCACUCGUCCUGCGGCACAUACUUCAACGCCAACAAAAAGGACUUCCCCUCGGUGCCAUACUCCUCCUGGGACUUCAACGAUGGCAAAUGCGGAACCGCCAGCGGGGACAUUGAGAACUACAAUGACAUUUUCCAGGUGCGUGACUGCCGGCUCGUGAGCCUCCUGGACCUGAACCUGCAGAAGGACUACGUCCGCGGUAAGGUGGCCAACUACAUGAACGCACUGAUCGACAUGGGCGUGGCCGGCUUCAGGGUGGACGCCUGCAAGCACAUGUGGCCUGGAGACCUGCAGGCUGUCUUUGGUCGCCUGCACAACCUCAACACUAGCUGGUUUUCACCCGGAUCCAAGCCUUUCAUCUUCCAGGAGGUCAUCGACCUUGGGGGGGAGGCAAUUAAAGCCAGCGAGUACUAUGGGCUGGGCCGGGUCACUGAGUUCAAGUACGGCGCCAAACUGGGCACGGUCAUCCGCAAGUGGCACGGCGAAAAGAUGGCAUACCUGAAGAACUGGGGGGAGGGCUGGGGGUUCAUGCCCUCAGACAAAGCCGUGGUGUUCGUGGACAACCAUGACAACCAGAGGGGCCACGGGGCGGGAGGCGGCUCCAUCAUCACCUUCUGGGACCCCAGGAUUUAUAAAAUGGCUACAGGAUUCACGCUGGCUCACCCCUACGGAGUGACGAGAGUGAUGUCCAGUUUCCGCUGGAAUCGUCACAUUGUGGAUGGAAAGGACCAGAAUGACUGGAUGGGACCUCCGAGUUACCCCGACGGCUCCACAAAGCCCGUCCCCAUCAACCCAGACACCACCUGUGGUGACGGCUGGGUGUGCGAGCACAGGUGGCGCCAGAUCAGAAACAUGGUCAUCUUCCGCAAUGUGGUCAGUGGGCAGCCGUUCUCCAACUGGUGGGACAACGGGAGCAACCAGAUCGCCUUCGGCCGCGGAAACCGUGGGUUCAUUGUCAUCAAUAAUGAUGACUGGACCCUUGAUGUGACACUGGACACCGGUUUGCCUGGUGGAACAUACUGUGAUGUCAUCUCCGGAGAUAAGAAUGGGAACCGCUGCACUGGCAAGCAGGUCACUGUAGGGGGCGACAGGCGGGCUCACUUCAGGAUCAGCAACGUGGAUGAGGAUCCAUUUGUGGCCAUUCAUGCUGACUCCAAACUCUGAAUGUGUAAAAUUGCAGCAUCAUUAAAAGACGAGAACUGAAAA